AAAUUUGCUAUAACAAUACGCAAUAGAACAGAUAUCUCUACUACAUAUGUUUUAAAUUAUCAUAUCCCUUCCAAGAAACAAAAAUUAAUGACUUUGCAUUAAUGUAAAGACACAUUGCGAUAAGAAUUAUAUGACCGGCAAACCGGCUUCGUGGUCCACCACUUGCUUUCAUUCGCACCAUCUUUUGCGCUGUAUUCGCUUGCUGGUUCGUGUUCGAGUAUGACACAACUUUUAUUAAACGCAACUACACUGAUUGCAAAGAAACCUCUGCUGGAAAUUGGUACACGUCUCUUUUCUUCCAUGGCUCAAGCACUACAAACUCACGGCGUUGUGCCAGAUGUUAUAGACAAAGUACCACAGAAUGUGCUUAGCGUAUCUUAUCCCAAUAACCUUUCUGUUGAAAUUGGUAAGGUACUGACUCCGACUCAAGUUAAAGACCCACCAACUGUUACUUGGAGCCCUGAGGCCAAUGUCUAUUAUACUCUUUGCAUGACUGAUCCUGAUGCCCCAAGUCGAAAGACUCCAACAUUCCGUGAGUGGCAUCAUUGGCUGGUAGGAAACAUUCCUGGCUCUGAUGUCUCUAAAGGAGAAGUCCUCUCCGAAUAUGUUGGUUCAGGUCCUCCCCAAGAUACAGGCCUUCAUCGUUAUGUCUUCUUAUUAUACAAGCAGCCUGGAAAGCUUACAUUCGACGAGAAGCGACUGACCAACCGAAGCGGAGAUAAUCGCGGAAACUUUUCCAUAAGAAAAUUCGCCGCGAAAUAUAAGCUUGGCGAUCCUAUUGCUGGAAACAUGUACCAGGCAGAAUUUGAUGACUACGUUCCUAUCCUCUAUAAACAAUUGGGAGCUUAAGAUUGUACCCUUGUAAACUUGAAGAUCGAAUGUUUUAUUAAAUUUCUAGUUUAUCCAACAA